AUGGAGAUGAGAGUUUUGACAGCAGAAAACAAGUUACCUGCUGCAGUUGAUCAUAUGAACAGCAACUGCUCAACUCCAUACAUGAGUGCUGCUAGCAGCCCUCGCCGGCCUCGGCCUCAGCUCGAUUUCUUCUUCUAUAGCGCUCCCACCAGCCCUCGGUCUUAUAAUCAUCAUUCUAUGUUUGCUGAUGUAUAUGAUGAUUAUUCGGCUGAGGAUGUCGCGUUACUGAAGCAUGAUCAUUCAUCCGCAGCUGUGCCUUUUGAUUGGGAGCUUAAGCCAGGAGUUGCGAAAAGUACUGGUGUAAGUUACAGCAAAGAUGAAGAUAAUCAACAACAUGAACAAGUGAUGGAACAUGCAAAGGAAGAGUUCGAGUUUGAUUUCAGUGGGCAGUUGGAUAUGAUGGUUAGGCCUCCUUUGUCUUCUGCUGAUGAACUUUUUGAUGGCGGUAAAAUUCGCCCGUUGAAGCUGAAGCCUCCUCCUAGCCUACAGAUCAACACUGACAGUAGAAUCAGUUCAGAAAGUCAUUCUCCUAGAUCUCCUAAAUCUGCUAUGUCUAAGUUUAAGGACGCGCUUAAUGUGUCACCUAAACAUAGGAGAAAGGGGUCUGAUGAGGAUCCGUUUGAGGCCGCUAUUCGCAGCAGUAAGAAAUGGGAUUCUUCUGCUGCUGCUACUGCUACUACUACUGCUGCUGCCGUCAAUGACGACGACAGUAUUCAAGAAAGAGGUAGAGGUAGAGGCAGAGUUAAAUCGAUUACGGCUGCAAAUACGAAUAUGAAUAAAAGAGGAAGCAACAGCAGCAGGAAAGGCAUCAGCAGGUCGCUGUCUCCUUUAAGGGUGUCUGAAUUUGCUCUGCUUCAUGAACAACAGUUACAAGAACAUCAGUAUUCGAACGAAAACAGCAGUUCAAACAGGUUUCUAGGAAGAGGUACUAAUACUUGUUCUAAGAAAUGGAGGUUAAAAGACUUGUUUCUUUUCAGAAGUGCAUCAGAAGGGCAUUACAAGGAUACUCAAUCCUUUUCCAAGAGAUGGAGUGUCAGAUCAUCAGUCACAGGCUCGGGUUCUGGUUCUAGUUCCGGUUCUGUUUCCGAAUCAGGAUCAGUAUCAAAGCGAAGAGGGCAGGCUGCAUCAGCACAUGAAAUGCACUACACUACCAAUAAAGCUGUCUCAGAAGAGAUGAAGAAAAAGACUAGUCUUCCUUACAAACACGGUCUUUUGGCUUGCUUGGGUUUUAGUCCUAUUCUUCCUCAAUUUUCCUACACUUUUCCUUCCUCUUCUUCAACUACUCUAUCAUGA